UCAGAUAGAAUGGCAACGUCAUCAGCAAAGUCAAGGUUUCAACUGUGCCUUCCAAGGUGUUGCUAUGAUGAGCUUCAAGGGCCCCUGCCCAGUCGUGACUCUCGCUCUGCUGGCGCUGCUGUGGCUGUCGGCGGUGCCUGCUUCUGCUUCUGCCGCCGCUGAUUCUGCCCCCAACAUCGUCUUCAUUCUGGCAGAUGAUCUCGGCUGGAACGACGUGUCCUGGCACAACGACCAGGUGGUUUCGCCCAACAUGCAGCAGCUCGUGGACACGGGCGUCCAGCUGGAGCAGAGUUACGUGCAGCCUCUGUGCACGCCGUCCCGCUCCGCCUUCCUGACGGGGCUCUACCCCUUCCGGCUCGGGCGCCAGGGGCGACCAUUAGGCUCCCAGACGCCCACCGGCCUCUCGCUCAACCACACGCUGCUGCCGGAGCGCCUCUCGCGCCUCGGCUACUCCACGCACAUGAUCGGGAAGUGGCACCUCGGCUUCUGCAACUGGGCUUACACGCCGACUGAACGGGGCUUCGACACCCAGUACGGCUUUAUGUUGGGAUAUGAAAACCAUUUUAAACACACUCGCCAAAACGGCUAUGACUUCCGCGACCAGAGAGAACCGGACUUCACGGCGAGCGGGACAUACAGCACUCACCUGUUCGGAGACCGCGCCGUCAGGAUCAUCGAGGAACACCAAGGCAGCGACCAGCCCUUCUUCCUCUACUUGGCUCUCCAGAACGUCCACAAGCCUCUUGAGGUUCCCGACGAGUACCUGGCGCACUACCCGGAGGACCUCGACGAAGACCGGCGACUGCUGCUGGGGAUGGUGACGGCGCUGGACGAGGCGGUGGGCGGGUGUGCGGCUCUCAAGGACACGGGGCGCUACGACAACACGGUCAUCGUCUUCUCGUCGGAUAACGGCGGCGUCGGCAUGGAUGGGGAGAGCAACCGGCCUCUGCGAGGCAACAAGGGUUCGAUGUGGGAAGGUGGUACUCGCGCCGCAGGAUUCGUCCACAGUCCCCUCCUGCAAGAGACUCCACGAGUGCACUCUGGCCUCCUGCACAUCACCGACUGGUACAACACCCUCCUGGCUCUCGCAGGGGAGUCCUUCCUGCCUGACAACGACGGCUUCAACCAGUGGGACUCCCUUGUGGAUCCUUCUGUUGAGUCGCCCCGAACCACAUUCAUCUACAAUCUUGAUGCUGAACAGGAAGAAAUUACGCUUGGCGCUAUCAGAUUACGAAAUCACAAAUUUGUUAUGGGCGAAGAGAAUCUGGUGCAAGAAAACGAAAUCGGACCCUGGCUGUUCAACCUUGAAGAUGACCCUAAUGAAGCAGUGAACUUGCUCGAAUUCGAGCCUGAAUUGGCAACGGCCCUGGAACUGAUGCUGCUGGAAGAGAUUCCCAACGUGGUCCCCCGAGACGAGCCAGCGAACGACCCGGCGGGCGACCCCUCCAACUGGGACGGCGUCUGGACCCCAGGCUGGUGUGGUGUUCCCUAGAGGCUGUCUGUGCCGUCGUUGAAGCGAGAGAAAUGCCUAUAACAUGCAAUAUGUAAUAUAAUAUAUAAUAAUAAUAAU